UUAAAGGCAAAUUAAACAUUUGUUUUGAUUAAUUUGAAUUGGAUGGCCAUUGUUAGAAGCCAGGAUCGGCAUCAUUGAAUGCAAUACUUCAAUCUCUAACUUUAUUUAGAUUCCACAAUGAAUAAAUCUAAAUAUGAACUCAAGCAACAAUUUUCAUGGACCAGGAAGUACAAUUACGGAACAUGGUCUGUUUCAGAGCAUGAUCAGUUUGUUUCAUGUCUCAAGACCCAUGGUCUGAACUGGCCAAUGCUUAGGCAAAUGAUCCCGACUAGGACUCGAAAACAGAUCGAGGCACACCUCAAAGGGUAUUUUACCCAACUUAAGAAGCACUAUGGAGUGGAAGACCCUCUGCAGUAUACAAUAGCCCAAAAUAAUGAGCCACUAAAUAAACAUAAUGAUAAAACCAACCAUAACUCAGAUAAUGAACUGAAAGCUUCUAAGCCCUGCCAAAGAAGCAGGAUUGAUCAAGGAUAUCAGUCUGAAGCUGAUAAAAGAGUUCCUUCUAGUUCUCACUCGAAAGUUGAAGAGCAAAAACACCCAACAAGCCAGUCUAAAAAGCGUGAUACUAAAUAUUCAGAAAAGCUUAGAGAGAGUGAUGACUCAGCUAUCAUUAUCACAAAACAAAAAUGUGUUCAUAAGGAAGUAUCAGUUUUGAAGAUAGUCAAGAAGAAAGGAGUCACUGAAGUCAAAGAAUACAUGCAUCCAUCAAGAUCUAACAGGAAAAAUUACAGAUCCCACUCAGAUAUAUCUGUUCCAAACAAUCUUGAAAAUAUAAAUGAUAGAGAACCCAGCGAUGCCAAAAGCUAUCUGAUGUUGGGAAAAGGAAAGGGAAGAAUUAUUAUCUCAGGAACACAAAUUCACACAAAUACUCCUUGAGAUGUCACAACAGCUAAUUCUGGAACAUCCCUUGUUAUUCCAAAUGGAAGUGUUAAUAUUAGCAUUGCCAAAAUUUCUCAAGAUAGCCAAUUUGGGCCUGGAAUUAAGCAAGUCUCAGGAUUAGCCACUAGCGCAGAGCAUCAGACAGAUUUCUCCCAAGGCCAUAGACAGUUUCUAGACGCUAAAGAUACAAACAUGAGCUCUUUUAUGGCCAAGGAAGAUUUCUUGCUGACUUCGGUUGUUAAUUUACUCAGUCAACAUUACUGCUUUAAUGACUGCGAAUCUAACUAAUUUGUUGACCAAUAGAAAUCUUUAAUUUCA